UAGACGUAUAAGUGCCUGGUUCUGCGCGGGAACGCCAACCUGGUCCAGAGUGAACGCGGCGGCAGUUAACAGACAGCGGCACGCUAGACUCAAGCCUUCAGUCUUUCUUUUAGUCAAGAUGAGUGAUAAACCAGACUUGUCCGAAGUGGAAAAGUUUGACAAAUCAAAACUGAAGAAAACUAAUACUGAAGAAAAAAAUACCCUUCCCUCAAAGGAAACUAUCCAGCAGGAGAAAGAAUGUGUCCAGACAUCAUAAAAUGGGGAUCUCCUCCCAAGAGCAAAUUUCAAUGUUGCUGGAGAGUCUUAGUUUUAGGCUUGUUUUUUGUAAACCUGUGUGUUUGUAGAAGUUUUCAGCACCUAUGGCUUCUCACCUGUACUCCCUGGAUAAAAGAUCGACACUAGUUAAUGUUCCCUUAAAUUUAUUUUUAAACUUCUCAUUGGUAUAUAAAUAAAUUACAGAUGACAGAUGCUAUGAAUAAUCUCACCAUUGAUUAUCUUUGUGUGUGUAAUCUUUGCAACCCCUAUAAGGCAAACCAAUUUUAACUUAGAAUGGGCACCACCAUUGCUUCUUAAUCUUCAUGAAGUUACAUGCCUUUGUAGCUUCUUACAGUUUAUUUUCAUUUCUAAUGUAUCAAUAAAAUAAUAAAUACAA